AUGGCUGAAGAGGAGCAAGAUUUCACGUUCCACUCGACUGAUGCUGGUGCCUCGGAGACGUACCCGAGCGAAGCGGGACAGAUCCGCAAGGGCGGCUUCAUCAUGAUCAAGGGCCACCCGUGCAAGGUCGUGAACAUGUCGACCUCCAAGACAGGCAAGCACGGGCACGCCAAGUGUAACUUUACGGCGCUGGACAUCUUUACCAACAAGAAGUACGAGGACAUUGUGCCGUCGACGCACACGACGUCGGUGCCUUUUGUCUCGCGUGCGGAGUACACGCUGCUGGACAUUACGGACGACGACUUUUGCUCGCUCAUGGACGACUCGGGAGACACGCGUGAGGACAUUAAGCUGCCUACGUUCCCUGAAACUUUUGGCGAAGAGAUCCGUGCGGAUUUCAAUGAUGGCAAACAGCUUGUGCUCACGGUCCUGAAGGCCUGUGGCACGGAGCAAAUUAUUGCCAAGAAGGAGGACCUCUCUUAA